AUGUCUUCGUUGCCGACGGCGAAAUUCGCGGCCGACGUAGGCCAGUCCUCGAGCAGCCUGUCGACGCAGGGCCACUACCAGGACGUGUGCGUGCCUCCGGCCGACGUGGCGCCACCGCCGGAGCCCGCGCGCAAGAUAUCGCUCACCCAGCUGCCCUACAUCAAGCACGCGCGCGAACGGGACGAGCGCUGCGGCUGGUGCUGGUUCCGGCCGGAUUUCCUGCUCAAGCUUCGGCACCCCCGGUACGUGCUGCUGGCCCUGUGCUGCAUGGUGUUCCUGCAGGGAUUCGUGGCGAACGGUCUGGUGUACAUGGUGCUGCCCACCCUGGAGCGGCGCUUCGAGCUCAAGAGCCUCGAGGCCGGCACCAUCGUGGCCAUGUACCACCUGGCUUCGUGCAUCUCGGCACCGCUCGUCACGCUGGUCGCGGCGCGGCGCAGCAAGCCGUUGUACCUGGCCAUGUCGGCCGUCGUCAUCGGCAUCGGCACCAUGGUCAUCGUUCUGCCCCACUUUAUGGCGCCCCACUACAUGGAAGAGAAGCAUGAACGCUUGAGCCUCUGCCCGAGCAAAGGCAUCGAGAGCUCGCUGUGCGGCACACCAGACGGCGACCUGCGCCGCUUCCGGUUCAUCUUCUGGGUGGGGCACUUCAUCGUGGGUGCCGGCUCGUCGCCCAUGUACACGCUGGCGCUGAUUUACCUCGACGAGAACGUGCCUACCACCCUGUCCACCAAGUACAUAGCGACUUACCAGGCAACGUCCCUCCUCGGAACGGCCUCCGGCUUUGUACUAUCGGGAUACAUGCUCAACAUCUACACCGAGGUCUCGUACGACCCUUCGAGGCUGGGCCUGACGCCUCAGAGCAACGUCUGGAUCGGCGCAUGGUGGCUCGGUUAUCUGAUUGGCUCCAUUUCGUCCAUCAUCGUGGCUUUUCCCACAAGCCUCCUGCCCAAGGAACUGCCAAGUCAGAUAUGGGCGAAAUUGGAGAAGAAAUGCGGCGCCGCCGGUAAGAAAGGCAAGAAGCCCAAGGAAUCUUUUGGUGGCUUCAAGGACAUCCCCGCCCACGUCAAUGCCUUGCUUCACAACGCAACGUACAUGUUUCUGUGCCUGGCUGGCACAGCAGAGACCAUGAUAAUGACCGGCCUGGCGACCUUCAUGACGAAGCUCUUCGAGUCCCAGCUCGGCAUAAGCUCCUCCAGCAUAGCUCCGAUACUGGGCAGCGUGGCAGUUCCGGGUGCGUGUGGCGGCAUCCUUCUGGGCGGCUACUGCGUGCACAAGCUGAACCUGGACAUAGACGGCAUCGUGCGCAUGUGCCUCAUGUGCUCCGUGGUGCCCUGGCUGAGCAGCUUCGUGCUGCUCUACAGCUGCCCAGCCCCGACCUUCUUCGGCAUGAACCACACGUCGAGCCGGUUCUACGUGUCCAACGUGUCUAACCAGUUCGACCAGCUCUGCAACGCCAACUGCAACUGCCCCAUCGAGAACUACGACCCGGUGUGCGGCAAGGACUUGCUCACCUACUACUCGCCCUGCUUUGCCGGCUGCAAGCGCGACUACAUCUACGAAAACGUCAAGGUGUACACGGACUGCCAGUGCAUCUCGCACCCAGGCGUGGAGACGAUGGUGCAGUGGGGGCUGCCGCAGAAGGUGCAGGCGGACCGGAAGAAGUGCGUGCGCGAGUGCAACGCCCUGUUCGUCUACAUGAGCGGCAUAUUCCUCUACAUUUUCUUCACCUUCCUGCUCUACACGCCGGGCGUGUCGGCUACGAUACGGUGCGUCGAGGAACACUUGAAGGCCCUCUCACUGGGGUUUCAAUGGAUGAUGGUAACUUUAUUAGGCGCCAUCCCCGCAGCGGCCCUGUUCGGCUUCGUGAUCGACAACAGCUGCGUCCUGUGGAACACCGUGUGCGAGCAGUUGGGCGCCUGCGCCGUGCACGACAACGAGGUGAUGUCGCGCAACCUGUUCACGGCCGUGAUCGUCCUCAAGACGCUCUCCAUGCUGUUCUUCGUCAACGCGCUCAUCUUCCUGCGCGGCUCCGGCACCGAGCGGGGCAGCCACGACGGCACGCCCGAGUGCGAGUCCAGCUCCAACGCGAGCGCGCCGGUCAUGCAGUCGGCGCACAAGCUGGCCCGCCUGAUCCAGGGGCGGGCCUCAUCUGGGUCCCUCUACUGA